AGGAAUAACUACUAGUCUAUAGAUAACAUUCGACAUGGUUGGUGCAAAAUAUACGGGAUAUCAAGAUUUCGAAUGGGCAGUGAAACUAAAUCGUAUUAUCUUAGAAAUUAUUGGACUUUGGCCUAAAACUGCGCAAAACUCUCGACAAAAGUUAAUUUGCAAUUUUCGGGUGCUCAUUGUUUUCCUAGCAGUAACGUGUGGCGUUUUGAUUCCUUCCGUACAUUCAUUAAUAAGAAUUUAUGGAGAUAUCAUGCUCAUGACAGACAAUUUAAUAUUUACUUUGCCAGCUAUAAGCUGUUCGAUUAGAAUCGCGAUUUUUUGGUGGAAGAAGGAAGCUGUUAUACCGAUCAUGAAUAUGAUCGCAGAGGAUUGGAUAAAAUCGAAAAGUGCGCAGGACAAGAACAUUAUGAUUAAACGAGCGCAGACUGCACGCAUUAUUAUUACUUGCGCAUACUACAUAAUGGGAAUAGCAUGCCUCUUCAUUAUUGUUCUCCCGGGAGUCUUUGGAAUAUCAAUGAGAAUAACGCCCAAUAUUACUGAUCCUGGCAGACCAUUGCCUCUACAAACGUAUUAUAUUUAUGACAUAACUAGAAGACCCCAGUACGAAUUAACAUUUAUUAGUCAAUCUAUUUACAUUCUUCUUUCCAUUAUGGCUUAUACUGGAAUCGACAAUUUUCUUGGGCUACUAAUUUUCCACAUAUGCGGCCAAUUGGACAUUAUCAAAAAUCGUUUGACACAUUUGGAUAAAUAUACCAAUUCUCAUGAUAUGUUAAAGAACUGUAUAACAAAACACAUUCGUUUACUUAGUGCUAUUAACAUUAUUGAAGAUACAUAUAACAUAACACUGCUAAUGUUAUUUGUAUACUUUGCAAUACUUUUUGCUUUUUAUGGUUUCCGAAUAAUUAAUCUAUUUGAUGAAGAAAAUCAUUUAUCUGUCACUCAAUUGAUAUAUUUUAUAUCUGGCGUUAUCAAUUUAUUUAUGCAUAUGUGCUUAUAUUGUGCUUUAGGAGAGAUUUUGAUGGCUCGGUGUAGUGAAAUAUAUUAUGCAGCAUACUGUAGCGAAUGGUAUUGCAUGGAUCCAAAAAUUACAAGGGACUUUUUGUUUCUAUUAAUGAGAGGCACAAAACUGGUAUAUCUUACUGCUGGAAAAGUAUUUCCUAUGACAAUGGUCACAUUUUGCAGUUUAAUAAAAACAUCAGCUGGUUAUAUAUCCAUUUUACAUACAACAAAAAGUUUAAAUGAGGGAUAUAAAUAUGAUUAUUUUAGAUAGGCAAGUUUUAAUAGAACACAAUAGUUUAAUAUCUGAACAAGCGUUUAUAUUUAUUUAGUUACAAGUAAAAUUAUAAAUCUGAGUUAAUCGAAAUGUAAUGCAUAUUUUAUUAAAGUUACAAAUUUGGAUUUAGAAUAAAGUUUAAAUUUAUAAAAACCUUUUUCUCCUAUAAAAAUUAAACUGUUUGAAAUCUAAUCCAUUAGGAAUUAUUACGAUAGAAAUGAUAUUUUUAAUUGUUUAUUAUUUGCCUUUUUUAUACAUAUUAUGUUAAGUAUUUUAUAAUGUGAUAAUAUUUUCAUUGUUCAUCACAGAAAUGUUUUAAUGCUGGUUGAUUCAAUUUUUAUUUAUUUUGACUUGAUUGUUGUGUAACUCAACUUAUGGAAUUAUUUCAAAGCAUCAUUUUUUUCAUUAAAAAAAUAUUUUUAAAUGUACCAUAGUGGAAAUACAUACACACACAUAUGUACACACACACACAC